AUGGGGAGCGAUAAUCCGUUCGGAGAAUGUCUAACCAAUGAACGUAUCCUAGACAGGCUUCAGAAUUGUUCAAUUAAAGAACAGUUUCUGAACUACGAUCGCCGGCUGACAAGGGUGGAUUAUCUUUUCGAUGAGCAGCAAGACGAUCACAACCACUGGCCUGCGAUGGAAAGAGUCACAAAAAAUUGCAUGGAAAAUGAACCACAGCGAUCUCAAGUACACACAGAUCCGGUGAACAAAAGACUCGACUGUUAUAUGAGUCGGAGUGUUGAAGCGGCAUAUUUCGCCAUCACUGGAGCUGGUCUGCAUAUCCGACUCAAGUCGCGCUCAAUGAAACGAACUGUAUUCAUACCCACCAAUCGACCGGAAAAGCAAUUGGCCUUGGACCACGGACUGGUAGGCCGCUUGCAGAUUCUUGUUGCGCCUGGUGGAGCAUGGGCUGCAGUGCCGGAAGCCUACUUUCCACAUCUGACCAACGGCUGGAUGCUGUUAGUCAUGCCGGACUCAAUAGACCUGAGCUUCCUACCUGCUGAUCAUCUUCUUCGCAAUUGCUUCAUAGGCGGUAAGCGCCCUUGUGCUGAAUAUGGAAAGAUUGAAUUUUCGCGGCUAUUCAUCCAGCUGUUCGCACACGCAGUUGGACUGUCCGAGGUUUGGGUGCUAGAUGACAAUAUAACAAAGUGUGAGCGAAGAAACAUAGUUGACUCUGCCGGUGGGGAGAAAAAUUGGCAGGUGGGCCCGGGUUCUAUACAAAGAGUAGGCCUUGAAGAAUUUAUGCAACAACUGAGAGAGUAA